AUGACAGAGACCCGUGAGCCAGCUGAGACCGGGGGCUACGCCAGUCUAGAGGAAGAUGAUGAAGACCUCUCCCCAGGCCCUGAACAUUCCUCUGACUCCGAGUACACUCUCUCAGAGCCAGACUCCGAAGAGGAAGAAGAUGAAGAGGAGGAGGAAGAGGAGACCACCGACGAUCCCGAAUACGACCCCGGCUACAAGGUGAAGCAGCGCCUGGGGGGCGGCCGGGGUGGCCCGUCCCGUCGGGCCCCCCGCGCGGCCCAGCCCCCGGGCCCCCCGGCUCAGCCCUGCCAGCUCUGUGGCCGCCCACCCCUUGGGGAGGCCCCACCAGGCACCCCACCUUGCCGGCUCUGCUGCCCCGCUACAGUCCCCCAGGAAGCACCAGCCCCUGAAGGCAGGGCCCUCGGGGAGGAAGAGGAAGAGCUGCCUCGGGCUGGGGAGGGGGCUGGGGAGGGCCGGCCAGCUGGCAGGGGGGGGGAGGAGGAGGAGGAGGAGGAGGAGGAGGGCUCCUAUCAGUGUACAGAGUGCGAGGAUUCCUUCGACAACCUUGGGGAGCUGCACGGCCACUUCAUGCUACAUGCCCGGGGUGAGGUGUAG